AUGGCGGCGAUCGGUGUUUUAGAAGACUCCGUUUGGAAGAAAAGGAAACGUAUGAGAAUUUUUGAAAGAAAGAAAUUUGAUAUUAACGAAAAAGUUGAGGUGAGGAGUGUUGAAGAAGGGUUUCGGGGUUCAUGGCAUCAAGGAACUGUUAUUUCAUGGGAUAAGAGAGGGUGUCACGUAAAGUAUGAUCAUCUUCUUCUUGAUGAUGGUUCCGAUAGGCUGGUCGACAUCGUCGGUGUUUCUCCUGUAAUGAAUGUUUUUUCUUGUCCGUGUGAGACUCACUAUAACUGUCGAGCGACUAUAAGGAAAUUACCACCUAAACUAGAGUUCUGCAAAUGGAACCUUUACUACGGGCUCUGCAUUGAUGUAUGGUAUAAUGAUGCUUGGUGGGAAGGUGUGAUUUUGGACCAUGAAUAUGAUUCAGAGAAGAGGAGAGUUUUCUUCCCUGAUUUGGGUGAUGAAAUGACUGCUAAAAUCGACAACUUACGGAUUACUCAAGAUUGGAACGACUUCAAAGAGGAGUGGCAACAACGAGGAACCUGGUUGUUUCUUGAGUUGAUUGAACAAUAUGGGCAAGAGUGGUUUCUUUCUGUUUCUGUGCAACAAUUUUGGUAUGAUUUACGGGAAAAAGACGAUUUUCAAAAUGUUAGAGAGUGGACAUUUUCUUGUGAGUCUUUGUGGAAAGAAUUGGUACUGGAAGUAAUAAAAGAUAACCAUAAAAUCACCGUGGAUCAUUUUGUGAAGGUAUUAGGCCUUCCUGGUUCCUCCCAACCAGAAUCCCAAUCGCAAGAGGAGCCUGCUAUACCAGAUGCAGAUGUUAGUAUGGGUACUGAUGCAAAUUUAGGUGAUACUUUUGCUAUUGUUCCCGUUAAGAAUCAAUUUAACAAUCAAUUUAACAGUACUUUGUUGAGUCCAGACAAAGCUAUAAUUACGCCGAGUCAAGAGAAAUCUAGUUCUGGUCAGUCGAUGCAUAUUUUCAAGGAUGAUAACAAUGUUUUGGCUGAACCUAACGAACCCUGUGCUGAUAAUGCUGUCUGUAGUUUACCUGAGGCUUUGAUGGUCUCACCCUCUGUUGCAGAUGGAAUUUCCUGCAUCUGUUCUGUAACUAGCAAUGAAGGAUUUUCUGGAACUGAUACAGAUAUGGCUGAAAGGAGGGCUAAACAUUCAGGGCCCAAUGUAACUGCUACAUGGAUUCCUGCUGACCCUGAGCUUGUUUCUAAAGCUGAGUCAUGUCCUGAUGUCAUUGCCAAAUACAUUCAUGCUGGUAAGAAACCCAAUAAUUCUCUGCUAACUGACGUUAGGAAGCAUCUUCUAUAUCAGGGAUGGAAAAUGGAGUCUAAGCAAUACGGAAAACUUAUCAGAUGGCGAUACGUCUCACCAACUGGGCACCUUUAUUACUCUCUUUAUCAGAUCUGUUUAGAUCUGACCGAUCACUCCAGAAAGCAUAUUUGUUCAAACACCAAAGAUGUACAUGUUGAACCAAACGUCAACCAUCUAGGUGUUGUUGAACCAAACAUCAGGGUACUACAUUUUGUUGAACCAGAAUAUUGCCCUCAAGCUGUUUUGGAGUGGUCUAAGGCUGAAUUGGAUGAGAUUCGCAAAUGCAAGAGAAGUCAUAUGACACUGAAGGCAAAAAAGCAUCUCUCAUGGCUGGGUUGGGUGUUUCACUAUGCUUCCAGUAAUGGAAGGCGCUAUUUGUGUUACACUUCACCAAGAGGAAGGAUGUACCAGUCACUUAGGGAAGCCUGCAAAAUCUGUAUAAAAGAAGGUGGAGUUUCUCAAACUGAUGCUACUCCUAGAUCAGUAGAAGAAAUUAAUGCUGUUGAGGAGAUUGAACGUCAGUUAGCAAGUGAAAAGCUUUCUUCUGCACUUGCGACCCUCGAUAUCCAGAGAAGCUCUAUGCCAUCAAAUACUGAAUCUGAAAACUGGUCCAAGAAGUGUUAUUCGAGAUUUGAGGGAAGAAAUGUUGUUGAGCAAAGUAGAGUCAGUCAGAGAACUCAAAAGCCUAAAAGGAAGAGAAGGGAUAGUUCAUCAUAUCUUGCAUUUCACUUACAAAAAGGGCGAGCUGACUUACCUGUUAAAUACACUAGGAUCUCAAGAUUGAAAGGUGGAAAGUCACCUUCGACAUUGAUCAAACUAAGAGAGAAUCUGAAAGGUAGUCAACACAACCGUGUGCUACGAUCAACAAAAAGAGUGCAACAGACUGUAACUCCUAGUUCAUUGCAUCAAAAUUCACGAACUGUGCUGUCUUGGUUAAUAGACAAAAAUAUUGUUUUGCCAAGGUCAAAAGUACAUUACCAGAGGAAGGAACAGAGGUUGAAAGCUGAAGGGAGGAUAACUCGUAGUGGAAUUAUGUGCAAAUGUUGUGACAAGGUAUACACUCUUGGCGGUUUUGUAGCACAUGGCGGCGGUGAAAACCACAGACCAGCUGCCAAGAUAUUCUUGGAAGAUGGAAGGUCUCUAUUGGACUGCCAGAUGCAAAAUUCCCAGUUAGCAUGCAAUUGCCAAAUGGACAAGAACGAUGACAUUUGUUCUGUUUGUCAGUAUGGCGGUGAACUAAUUUUAUGCGAUCAAUGUCCAUCCUCAUUCCAUAAAAACUGCCUUGGUUUAAAGACUGUUCCAGAUGGUGAUUGGUUCUGUCCAUCAUGUUGCUGUGGGAUUUGUGGUCAACACAAUCUUAAAGAUGGUGCAAAUAUGGUGUAUGACAGACUUUUCACUUGUGCUCAGUGUGCGCAUAAAUAUCAUGUUGGCUGCAUAUGCAGUGCACGGGCAGAUAGGUUGGAAAUAUGUGCAAAAGAAAAUUGGUUUUGCAGCAAAAAGUGUGAAGAGAUAUCUUUGGGCCUUAGUGAGCUUUUAGGGAGACCAAUUCCUGUUGGAUCAGACAAUCUAACAUGGACAUUAAUUAAAUCCGUGCAGCCAGAGAGUCAUGAUCUUGAUGCUUCAGAUAAUGAAACCAUGGUUGAGAAUUAUUGCAAACUUAGCAUUGCGCUUGAAGUGAUGCAUGAGUGUUUUGAGAAUGUCAAAGACUCUCGCACUGGAAGAGAUCUUGUUGCUGAUAUUAUAUUCAGUAGAAGCUCACAACUUAACCGCUUGAACUUCCGAGGCUUCUACACAAUACUUCUGGAAAGACAUGAUGAACUCAUUACUGUUGCCAAUAUUAGGGUUCAUGGAGAAAAGGUGGCCGAAAUGCCUUUGAUUGGUACCAGGUUUCAACACCGGCGACUCGGAAUGUGCAGCAUUUUGAUGAACAAACUUGAGAUGAUGCUAAUGGAGUUAGGAGUAGAGAGGCUGAUAUUACCUGCUGUCCCUGAUGUGCUACACACAUGGACUGGUUCAUUCGGAUUUUCAGAGAUGACGCCAUCCCAGAGAUUAGAGUUUGUAGAUUUUACAUUUUUAGAUUUCCAGGGUGCUACCAUGUGCCAGAAGCUUUUGCUCAAUAACCCUUUACCGGAAUCAAGCAUAUCAUUUGGAUCCCAGUUUGAACUUCAUAGCGAUAAUGUAGAUGAUGGUCGGUCUGAUUCAGUCUGUGAAGUACGACUAACAGAGGAAUAG